AUGUCACGUGGUUUUCUUGUCCCACUCGACGGGCGAAAGCCGAUCAAGAGCAAGACUCCUCUUUCCUAUUUUACCUUGAAUUAUUCCCCGCCUAGCCCGCGUCCAUGGGUAGUCGACGCUGGGAUGUAUGAGCCAUUCUACUACGCCUUUGACGCUUACCCAACCGUCAUUCCCCGAGUGAGGGUACGAGGCGUCAUGGCUCUGUUCCUGGCAGUGUCCAUUCUAUGGGCCUUGAUCUGGCUUCUUUACCGUGCGUGGCAAGUCUGUCAAACAUCAAAUGAAGUUUUGGUCGAGAAGCUGGGUCUAGAUAUUCCGCCGCCGCCGGAAGUCACCCUAGAGGAAAUUACAGCUCGGGAGAUCCGUUUGGCUUGGAAACAACCCGACUUUCAUAAUUCCAUACAUAAGCAUAUCAUACAGGUGAAUAAUGUCAAAGUUGGCGAGUCAAAGCGAGCAGAGACUGCAGUGGAAAUAUUGAAUCUUAUCCCGGGAAGCAUUUAUCAUAUCUGUGUUUUAUCCGUCAGCGCAGCAAACUUCCAGACCCCCAGUGCCAUCCUCCAUGUCCGAACGAAAUCUCUUCCGAUAUCCAGAACUCAGCAAGAUCCUCCCGCCGGCGGCCCGACAAUUCGAGCAUCAGUACCACGAUCAACGGCCGGUCUGCCAACUCCAUCUGCACCUGUAAUGGCUCGCGAGCAUAGUGCUGGACAACUACCAGGAAAGCGACCAUCCGCGGGCCGUAAAGCGUCACCUGCGACUGCAACGGAUUUUAUGCAUGGAAACUCUGACGAAACACCGAGGGGCUCGUCAAGAAAUGAUCGCGAAGGAAGUCUGGAAAGUCUCGCCGAUCGACUGAAACUAUUACAACAAGAAAAUGAAAAUCUCGAAAAACAAGUUACAGAGGAGGACGACGAGCAUACUGUUCUGCUGAAAGAUCUGGAGAAACAGCGUGACGAGCUGAAAAAGCGUGUCAAGGAGAAGGAUGAGGUCAGUGGAGAUCUCAAGAAGCAUGUCUCGAAGCUGGAGAGCGUAAACCGCACUGUGCAAGGAGAAAAGUCCAAGCGGAUGCGACUUCUCCAGCAGAAAGAGGCGGAGCGCAAGAAACGCAAGAACGACAUCACUCGCUGGCAAGAGAAAAUCACCCGAAUGGCUAGCGAUGCAUCGCAAGUUCGAGAGGAUAAAAUUCGUCUGGAGGAGGACGGCGAGACUCGGGCUGAAGAAGCCCGCGACAAGGUCGCAAAGGAACAGGCGGAGAUGAAAGUCAUUGAUGAUGAAAUCCAAGAUAAGGGUGGUCGUAUCAAGAAGCUUGAGGAAGAACGGCAGGGUCUUCAAGGCGGCGACAAUGAGGACGGAAAGGAGUUGGACAGAAUCGAUAAUGAGCGGGCUCGCCAAUGGGAGCUGAAGCUGGGAAGCCUACAUGCUAGAUAUGCUACUCUCGUUAAUCUGCAUGCGCAGGCCCAGCAACAGUACCAAGAGGCUCAAGAACGCCUCAAAUGGCUAACAUCCCAACGGCCUGGCAGCUCGGGUCCUUUUUCUUUACCUGCCUUGGACCUAGAUAUGUCGAACGCAGGAACGAUCCGACCCCGUCGACACCGCAGCUCUUUAACCAGCAAUGUUUCCUCGUCUUUGAAUUACCACGGUGUCGAAUCAGUUUUCCCUGGAGGACUUAACUAUAAUCCAACCUCCUCCAAUUCCCCUACCUUCGCACCCUCAACUUUUUUCAAUAUCAAGAACGGGAUGACUCUUCCAGGUCUCGCCGAUCCCCCCGAAAUCAUGCGCUCUGAUGCCGAGACCGCAUUUAGCAAUCCGCAAAUGAGCCCUCGAGCGGACGCACUGCUCCCGUCAGACCUUCUCGGGGACGAAGAAUCGCCCGAGUUUCCACGGCCCAUUGGGCGCGCACGUUUUGCUACAAUGGAUUCAAAUAUUGGAUUGGACAGUUUUGGCCAUGGCCCUGUCUCGCCUACCUCUUCUGGGAGUAGACCUGGUAGUAUCUUCGCUAGCCCGAUGGAAAAUCUCAAUCGGCAGGACUCCGACUCUCAGCCGGGACAGCUGUCUACUGCUGAGGAAGCUCCAAAGAGUGCAUCACGAAGACUUUCAGGAAUUUUUGGUUUCCAUCGUCCUCGUGGGAAAACCCUCGCUGAUGAACCCCCCCAUGCUGGGGACCUUGAAGCCUAA